ACUCAUUCCAAUCAUCUCUUCUCCAUAUAUUCAUCAUAAUUCAUCAUUCUUGCUAUUGUUCUUCAACUCUUAGCCAAAUUUUCUACAAUUUUUCUCUACUCCCUCUCUACUUUGUUGAAAUGGCAGGAGGUCAAAGAAAAAGAUCCCGCACCGGCAAGAACGUGGCUUCUUCCUCGGCUCCUCCACCACCUGCGCACAAGUAUCUCGACGGGUCGUUCCUUUGGUUCAACGACCGCGAAGAGGCUGCGAGGUUCUCGGAGAAGUUUGAGCACCGGGAAAUUCUCCCUCCCCGGUUCUCCACCGCCCGCUUCAUUCAUGAUUCCAUUCCACGUGAGGCACGGGUUAUCCUCGAACGUGGAAACUUCCUCGACCUCCUCUACAUCAAGAAGGCUCAUUAUCACCCUUUUCUUGUUCGAGCUUUCUUUUCGAACUUGAAAAAGGAUGAGGACGGAGCGUUGAUUUCUAACGUCAACGGGGUGGACAUCUAUUUGAAUGAGGAAAACAUUCAAAUCCUCACCGGGCUUCGUCGGGACGGACAGGAUCUCGGGCUCUACGUCGGAGAAGAAGGAGCGCGGUUCAACGAGACCGCCCUCUUGGAGGAAAAGUUCAAUCACACCACUCUCUCCCAAGAGGACACGAAGACAAUUCAUGCGAUGAUUCACAACGCCAAUAUCAAUUGGUGUAAAUUUGUGAUGACCCACAUGUUCAACGCCACCUCCGACAACCGGCCGCUCCCCUAUGCUCUCAUUGUCAUGGCGAUCCUUGAUGAGUUCCACAUCAAGACGGACGUCGGGCCAAAAUGCAAAGGAAUGAAGCAUUGGGAGAUUGACGAGUCUUCCUUCCACCCGGGAACCGAUGAAGCUACGUUCCCGCAGCCUCAUCCUCGCCGCCAACUGAGAGCCACUGCCUCGACUGCCGCCGCUUCGGCCAAUCCUUCUCUCGCCGAGCAAAUGGCGGCUUUGACCACCACCCUUUCUCGGAUAGACACCAACGUCUCCAAAACGGCACAUAACGUCAAUAUUCUGAGCCGUGAGCUUCACGGGUAUUUUGACUUUGUCAACUACCCUUACGCUCAAAUGGUCCCUUAUGUUCCUCCGCCAAACCUAGGUGGUGAACCAAGUGGGACUAACGACGUUGGAAGAGAAGAAGCGGUGAACGUUGAAGAAGAAGAAGAAGAGGAAGACGAAGAAGCUGAAGAAGAAGAAGAAGAUGAUGAUGAUGAUGAUGGCAGUGGUGAUGAAGAGGAAGACGAAGACAUUGACGAAGAACAGCUUCUCAAUGAUCUUUCACCGGACUUCUAGAGCUCUAGCUCUAUUCCCUUCUCUUCUUUAUUCUUUUUAAAUUUGCUUCCGUUAUGUACUCCGCUAUUUCCCGUAAUUAAUUAAUAAAAAUCUUUAUGGUUU